UAAAGCGGGCCGAGUUCUGCCGGGAUCGCGAGCGCUCCGCCCCGCGCGACCUUUGAGCUCCAAGGCGGAGCCUCGUUUCGCGCCGGGAAGGAAAAGGAGCGGGGCCGGUGGUGACGAGUCUCGGCGGCUACGGAAUCGAAGAUGGAGAGGGUCGCUCAGUGGGAGGAGCAGGCGACCCCCGGGGAGCGGACCCAAGACCAGCUGCCCGCAGCGGAGGAAGCGAAGGAGGCGCCGCGGGAAGACCUGGAGGAAUCCCGGAGGCGCCUUUGCUCCCAGUUUGCCUCCAUCAGCGGCAGUGAUAUAGGAGUUGCCCAGGGCUACUUGGCGGAGAAUGACUGGGAUAUGCAAAGGGCGCUGAAUUCUUAUUUUGAGCCACCCCUCGAUGAGGUGACCGUGGACAGGAUGCCUCCGCCUGCCUUUGUUGACUUAACAGAUGACUCAGCUGUCAAUAAUCCAGCUACUGCUGUCGGAGCAGCAGGUCCUGGCCCACAAGAAGAUGAGAGCACGUUUUCUUUAAUUACCUGGAAUAUAGAUGGCUUAGACUUGAAUAAUUUGCAAGUAAGGGCCCGAGGAGUCUGUUCCUAUAUAGCUUUGUACAAGCCAGAUGUGGUAUUUUUACAGGAAGUCAUUCCUCCAUACCUCAACUAUCUACAGAAAAGAGCAGUCAGUUACACAAUUAUUCCAGGUAAUACUGAUGGGUAUUUUACUGCCAUGAUGUUAAAAAAAUCAAGAGUAAGAGUUUUAAAACAUGAAAUAAUCCCUUUCCCUACAACCUCCAUGAUGAGAAAUUUAUUAGCAGUACAUGCAACUGUGUCUGGCAAUGAGCUUUGCCUUAUGACUUCCCAUCUGGAGAGCACUAAGAACCAUGGUGAAGAACGCUUAAAGCAGUUGAAACUGGUGCUUGCAAAUAUGACAAAGGUAUCGGACUCUGCCACUGUGAUCUUUGGAGGAGAUACAAACCUGAGAGACAAAGAGGUUGCUAAAUUGGGUGGCUUGCCGAGCAACGUGAUGGACAUUUGGGAGUUCUUGGGCAAGCCGGAACAUUGCCACUACACCUGGGAUACAAGUCAAAACACUAACUUGGGCAUACAGAAGGAUUGCAAAUUGCGGUUUGAUCGCCUGUUUUUCCGAGCUGCUUCUACUGGCGGACAGAUUAUUCCUCAGAGUUUGGAUUUAAUUGGCCUGGAAAAACUAGACUGUGGCAAAUUUCCCAGUGACCACUGGGGGCUACUGUGCACUUUUGAUGUAGUACUGUAAGAUGGGACUCCAUGGUCCUUUUAAGAAUGCUGUUUUGACUUUUUCUCCUCUUCCCGCACAUGCACACAGAAUGCACGUGCUGUUAAAUUUUAAUCCAGUUCUAGGAUUUGAUCAGGUUCACACACUCAGGAGACAAUUGACGGUCUCUUUCAGUAGUUACUGGGAUCCUAUGCUAAUAGAGAGGCUGGGAGACAACCCAUCAUUUGCUCUUGGCUUUCUUCUCUUUGCAUAUGCCCCAGGAGAACUUCUAAGUUAAUUUCUGUGCGAAAGCGACACUUUGCAUUUUAUGUUCUGUACUGUAGUCUCCAAUUAAACAUAAUUCAAUACAUCUUGAAUACUAUUGUACUCAGAUAACUUUGUAUGCAAUAAAGUUGGCCUUUAGGAA